AUGAUUAUAUCAAUUAUUCGAUUGUCUUUAUUAGGAUUUUUUAUCAAUUUUUUUUUUGUAUAUGUUAAUGCCAGAACAAAUCCUCGUUUUGAUAUGCGUGACAAAGAUGGUAUUAUUUUUGAUCCAAUUGCACCACGAGCCGGUGAACGAUUAAUAGCUAAAUGUACACUUGUUGGACUUACAGAUAAUGAUAAACGAAGUGUCAGUUGGGAAUUACAUCGUUUAAAUGAUCAAAAAAAAUUCUAUUUAGCAACAGAUGAUCAAGUAUUUCAAUUUAGUCAACCAACUCGUCGUUUAUAUGCUGAACAUGCUAUUGAUUCAAGUGAUUGGUAUCUUAUAUUUGAUCCAUUAGAUCGAGAAGAUUAUGGAGAUUUAACAUGUAUGUUAGCUGAUACUGGUUAUAAUAAUUCAAUAUUUCUUCGACGACGUCUUAUUGUAUAUAGUGAACCAUUUGUUGUUCAAUCAUCAACAAAAGAUAUUGAAGUUAAUGAAGGUGAUAAUAUAUUAUUAAGUUGUUUUGCUCAAGGUUUACCACCACCACAAAUUCAAUGGAUGAAAGCUGAUGCUACUCCAUUACCAGAUGGAAAUAUUCGUGCUAUUGGUACUGUUGAACUUCCAAUAAAUGAUAUUCGACAACAAGAUCGAGGAAUUUAUAAAUGUUUGGCAAUAAAUCUUGUUGGUUAUGGUGAUAUAUGGACUCUCAAAGUUAAUGUUAAAUUUCCACCAUAUAUUCGAUGUCCAUAUCCAAUGGUUGGUCAAGCAAUUAAUUUUUUAGUUGAUAUAUAUGUUGAAUGUUAUGUACAUGGUUAUCCACCACCACGUAUAACAUGGUAUAAAAAUGAUUACGGUGGUCAAAUAUCUAAUACAAUGAGUGUUGAUGUUCUUCGACCAAUAUGGAAUUCAUAUAAAUAUAAAAUUGAAGCAACAAUACCUGAACCAAAUAUAUGUACUGAUUGUAUAUUAUCACGUUUAACAGUUAUAAAUGUCUUAGCUAGUGAUUUGGGUUCAUAUGUUAUUAAUGCAACAACAAAUGAAAAACCUUAUCGAACAGCUUUAGCUUCAGUUUUUAUAUUUGAAACACCUGAUUGUCAACAAUUUAUAACACAUCGUAAUAAUAUGAGUUCAUUAAGACGUUCAUCAAUAACUGGACUUUAUCAUCCAAUAGGUUGGAGAAGGACUAAUUAUUCAUCAUCUAAUUCAUCUUUAACAGAUAAUCAAACUUUAUCAACAAUAGAAAAAAAAACAACAACAACUAUUAACAAAAUUUUAAAUGCUGAUAAAUCAGGAUUUUUACCAACAGAAUCAUAUUUAUGUUCUUCUUGUUCAUAUUCAAAUGUUGACUUAUCAAAAUCGUUAUCUUCUAUUGAUCGAUCUAUUUUAGAAGGUCAACUAAAACGAUCAAUUUCCUCCAAUGAAACAAUGGAAGCAACUAUUAAACGAAUACGUACUGAAUCGAUAUUUUCUAUAAAAGAUCUAAUUAAUCAAAAUCAAUUAUUAGAACGUUCUCUUAACGAAUCAAGAAUAAAAAUUUAUCAAUUAGAAGAUUUAUUAGAUAAAACAAAACAACAAACAAUUAAUUCAAAUGAUAAAAUAACACCAAUUUCAAUUUAUGAACAGCAAAUAAAAACAUUAGAAAAUGAUAAACUUCAAUUAAAACUUCAAUUAGAACAAUGUAAAAAUUUACAUAGAAAAGAAAUAACUCAACUUGAACAAACUAUAAAUGAUUUAAAACAUCAAUUAGUUGAUUAUCAGAAUAAAUUAAAAUUAAUUCAAUUUGAUCAAGAUAAAUUAAAUAGUAUAAAUCAAAAUAAUUCGAAUCAAUUAAAUGAAAAAAGUCAAACGAUUGAACAAUUACAAAAACGUAUUAUUGAAGUUGAAUUAAUUUUAUCAACAAUUGAUUCAACCAAUGUUAUCAAUCAAUCAUUAGUUAAUGAUGUUAAACAAAUCAAUGAUCUUCGUUAUCAAAAUGAACAACUAAAAAAAGAUGUUCAAUUACUCAAACUUAAAUGUAAUGAACGAAUAUUACAUGAUGAAGAAACUCGAAUAUUACGUAAACAAGUUAAUAUAAAAGAUGAUUAUCGAACAGUAAUAGCUAAACAACAGGCAGAAAUUCAUAAACUUCGUGAACAAUUAUCAAAUGAGAACAAAACAAAAUCGAUAUAA